GUGGGGCUGUUUUCAGAGUGGGCAACCAUACUGGUCACUCGCCCUCUUCCCUCCAUCUUCUUUUUCUUCUACUACUUUUUUCUGCACGCAGAGAAGAGAGCUUUUGUAUGGCCGCCAGCUCGAGGACUUCUGGGAUCGCUGGAAUCGGCAAGCGAGUCGCCUCUCAGAUCUGGAGCGCCAACUCCCCCCACCUUCCACCUCCCUCCUCUCUUGCUCUCAGGAGAGCUGCUCACACGUCCGUGUAUGACAAGAACCCCGAGGAUCAAGGCACACCGACCGUGGUCCCCGAUGAAGUGAUCAAGGCUCCAUCCGACAAGUACUGGGCUCCACACCCCAAGACCGGGGUGUUUGGGCCCGCGACCGACCUUCACUUCCGAGCCCACGGCGAGCUUCCCAAGCUCGGGGAUGCCGAGAGCUCUGUGCUGGAGCACACGGCCUGGUUCCGCCCCACUAGCCUCGAGGAUCUCGAGAAGCCUUCCCACUAUUAGCAUUUGAACGCGAGUUCAACCACUAUCUAAUAUAUGUGAGCCAACUCGGUGGCAUCCAUAAGAAGAAUAACUCGUUUGCAGUUGUAAAAUAUUGUUAAGUACUGCAACUGUGGAAUUGUUAGCAUGCAAGCACUACUUCUUACCUAUCGAAGUAGGGGCCAUGUACUGUAUCUAUGGGAUUGUUGUGUUUCCCUUGUACUUCUCUAUGAAAUGUUUGGAUGUGCCUACUUUAUAUUCCAUUUACCAUCUAAUAUAUUCGCGUUUCCUA